GCAGCGGCGGCCAAUCAAUCCGCAAAUUCUCUCUCUCUACUUCUUUCUUUCUUUCUCAUCAGAUUCUCUGACCUGUUUUCCCUCGUCACCAGGUUAAAAACUUUUGCUCGCAUUUCCAUUUCACUCGUUACAACUAGAAGCGAUUCUAACACCAUUUUCUCAAUCCAUGACCGUCAUGACUCCUGUUCCGAUUGCUCAAGAGGAUGAGGAGAUGCUUGUCCCACAUCCAGAUUUGGAAGAAGGACCCCAGCCUAUGGAAAUUGUAGCACAACCAGAAGUUAGUAAUGCUCCAGAUAAUCAGUCAGUUGAAGAACCCGAGACAUCAAGGUUUUCAUGGACAGUAGAGAAUUUUUCUAGGUUGAAUACAAAGAAACUCUACUCUGAAAUCUUCAAUGUUGGUGGCUAUAAAUGGAGAGCUCUUAUUUUUCCUAAGGGAAACAAUGUGGACCAGUUGUCCAUGUAUCUAGAUGUUGCAGAUUCAGCGACUUUACCAUAUGGCUGGAGUAGAUAUGCACACUUCAGUUUGGCAGUGGUUAAUCAAAUACAUAACAAGUUCUCUGUAAGAAAAGAUACUCAACACCAGUUCAAUGCACGAGAGAGUGAUUGGGGUUUCACAUCUUUUAUGCCUCUUAGUGAGCUGUAUGAUCCUGGAAGAGGUUAUCUUGUGAAUGAUACUUGUAUAAUUGAGGCAGAGAUAGCAGUGCGCCGUGUUGUUGAUUAUUGGGCACAUGACUCGAAGAAAGAAACUGGAUUUGUUGGACUUAAGAACCAAGGGGCAACUUGUUAUAUGAAUUCUCUCCUUCAAACUCUAUAUCACAUUCCUUAUUUUAGGAAGGCUGUGUAUCACAUGCCUACAACUGAGAACGACUCUCCAUCGGCAAGCAUUCCUUUGGCCCUCCAGAGUUUAUUCUACAAGCUCCAGUAUGCUGAUAGCAGUGUAGCAACAAAAGAGCUGACAAAAUCUUUUGGAUGGGAUACUUAUGAUUCUUUUAUGCAGCAUGAUGUGCAAGAACUUAACAGAGUUCUAUGUGAAAAACUUGAGGAUAAAAUGAAGGGAACUGUAGUGGAGGGUACUAUACAGAAGUUGUUUGAAGGGCAUCACAUGAAUUACAUAGAAUGCAUCAACGUGGAUUACAAAUCUACCAGAAAGGAGUCGUUCUAUGAUCUUCAGCUUGACGUGAAAGGUUGUCGGGAUGUCUACGAGUCUUUUGACAAGUAUGUUGAGGUUGAACGCCUGGAAGGUGAUAAUAAGUAUCAAGCAGAACAACAUGGUUUACAGGAUGCUAAAAAGGGUGUGUUAUUCAUGGACUUCCCACCUGUCCUUCAACUUCAACUUAAGAGGUUUGAAUAUGAUUUCAUGCGUGAUACUAUGGUGAAGAUUAAUGACCGCUACGAGUUCCCGCUUGAACUCGAUCUUGAUCGAGGAAAUUGCAAAUACUUAUCACCUGAAGCUGACAGGAGUGUUCGAAACCUCUACACACUUCACAGUGUUCUAGUUCACAGUGGUGGGGUGCAUGGUGGACACUAUUAUGCCUUCAUAAGGCCAACACUUUGUGAUCAGUGGUUCAAAUUUGAUGAUGAGCGGGUUACUAAAGAAGAUAUAAAAAGGGCUUUAGAGGAACAAUAUGGUGGUGAAGAGGAGUUGCCACAAACGAAUCCAGGAUUUAAUAACACACCCUUUAAAUUCACUAAAUACUCAAAUGCAUACAUGCUCGUGUAUAUACGUGAAAGUGACAAGGAGAAAAUCAUCUGUAAUGUGGAUGAGACAGACAUUGCAGAGCAUCUUAGGGAAAGGUUGAAGAGAGAACAAGAAGAAAAGGAAAUCAAGAAAAAAGAAAAAGCAGAAGCUCAUCUUUAUACCGUUAUAAAGGUUGCACGGAGUGAGGAUCUUCUAAACCAGAUUGGGAAAGAUAUUUAUUUUGAUCUUGUAGAUCAUGAUAAAGUUAGAAGCUUCCGUGUACAGAAGCAAAUGCCUUUUACCGACUUCAAGGAGGAAGUUGCAAAGGAGCUUGGUGUACCUGUGGAAUUCCAUCGUUUUUGGUUGUGGGCGAAACGUCAAAACCAUACAUACCGUCCUAAUAGACCAUUGACACCCUUGGAGGAAACACAAACAGUUGGACAGCUGCGAGAAGUGUCAAAUAAAGUUAAUAAUGCAGAAUUAAAGUUGUUUCUGGAAGUAGAGAUUGGACUGGAUAUGUGCCCUGUUAAACAUCCUGAGAAGACAAAAGAUGAUAUUUUACUUUUCUUCAAGCUAUAUGAUCCUGUGAAGGAAGAACUGCGAUAUGCUGGAAGAUUGUUUGUGAAGGCCAUGAGUAAACCAAUAGAAAUCUUGGCAAAGCUGAAUGAAAUGGUUGGAUAUGCUCCCAAUGAGGAAAUUGAACUUUAUGAGGAAAUAAAGUUUGAUCCACAUGUCAUGUGUGAGCCUAUCGACAAGAAAUCUGCUUUUAGAUCUAGUCAGGCAUGUAUGCAGCUUGAAGACGGGGACAUUGUUUGUUUCCAAAAAUCUAUUUCGGAAAGUGGUGAACAACUCCGCUAUCCAGAUGUUCCUUCAUUUUUGGAAUAUGUCCAAAAUCGCCAGGUGGUACAUUUUCGAGCACUGGAAAAGCCUAAGGAAGAUGAUUUUUGUUUAGAGUUGUCAAAGCAACACACUUAUGAUGAUGUUGGGGAAAGAGUAGCCCAUCAUCUUGGUUUGGAUGAUCCAUCCAAGGUCAGGAUGACAGCUCACAAUUGCUACUCUCAGCAACCCAAACCACAACCUAUCAAAUACCGUGGUGUGGAUCAUUUAUCAGACAUGUUGGUGCACUACAAUCAGACAUCUGAUAUUUUGUAUUAUGAAGUACUGGACAUCCCUCUGCCUGAAUUGCAAGGGCUGAAAACACUGAAAGUAGCUUUUCAUCUCCCAAAGAAAGAUGAAGUGUCUAUACACAUUAUUAGACUUCCUAAGCAGAGUAACGUAGGUGAUGUUAUUAGUGAAUUAAAGACUAAGGUUGAGUUAUCUCAUCCAAAUGCAGAACUCAGGUUGCUCGAAGUGUUUUAUCAUAAGAUCUACAAGAUAUUUCCACUCAAUGAAAAGAUCGAGAAUAUUAAUGAUCAGUAUUGGACCUUGCGAGCAGAAGAGAUUUCUGAAGAGGAGAAAAAUCUUGGCCCUCAUGAUCGCUUGAUACAUGUAUACCAUUUUACUAAAGAGGCUGCUCAAAAUCAAAUGCAGAUUCAGAACUUCGGAGAACCAUUUUUCUUGGUCAUCCAUGAAGGUGAGACGUUGUCUGAUGUCAAACUAAGAAUACAGGCAAAAUUGCAGGUUGCUGAUGAGGAGUUUGCUAAGUGGAAAUUUGCAUUUCUGUCACUAAACCGACCUGAAUAUUUGGAAGACACGGAUGUUGUGUGUAGCAGAUUUCAGAAAAGAGAUGUUUAUGGUGCGUGGGAACAACAGUAUCUGGGGUUAGAACAUACAGAUAAUACUCCAAAAAGAGUCUAUCCAGUAAAUCAGAACCGUCACACCUAUGAGAAGCCAGUGAAGAUUUACAAUUAGCGUAUGGGAAGAAUCUAUGUAUAUCAUAUUUUCUGGACUGGAUAUAACUACUACAGGAGGAAAGAAGAUUGCUUUAAGAGCUAAGCUACAAGAAGGAAAUGAUACUUUUGAUUUUGAUUUUCCCUUAUAUCUGGAUUAAGACAGAGUUAUGGCAACUGGUUAUUUUUGAUCUUAUAUAUGUUUUAAUCCCAAACAAGGCACUUCAGUUGCUGCUCUUUUUUUUAAGCUAACUGGAUACUUGGUUGAUCCUGUGUUUUUUUUUUUUAUAUAUAUCUUGUGCUUGUCUU